GCCCAUAGGAGGAGAUCCAGAUGGCGGGGGUGUCCUGGAGGUGAGAUCUGGCGGGGGGAGCCCUACCCUAUAGGAGGUGGCCAGGGUGGGGGGCAGCUAUCCAGGGCGUGAGAUCUUGAGGGGAUGCAGCCCAGUAAGAGGUGGCCAGGAUCUGGGAGGGGGGAAUCUCCUCUGGGGACCCCUGCCCUGGCAGUGACAUGGGAGACGUUCCCACUGGCUCCUGCCCUGAUGGGGUACCCAGUUACAGGGGUGGGAGGAGAUUUGUUUGCGGGGAGUAUGUUAGCAAAGACCUUCUCCCCCACCCCUCAGAGCCUAGGAGGAAUCUUAUCUCUGUUCCCCACUGCCAUUUUUCAGACUGUUUCCCCAGAGAGACUGGAGCUCUCCCUAAAUCCCCUGCAUACCCUGCCCACACCCCAACACCCUUUGUUUGUUCGUUACCCCCCAACACACACACAAACACACACACACACAACCUACAGCUGGCUUAAAAGCACCACCCCCCUUAUCUAGCCCUUGGAAGAGGGGCUUUGGCUGCACGAUGAUCUGUCUGCGGGCAAGAUAAUUGGGGGGUGUAGGGGCUGGUUCAGCCCCGACCCCGUGGCAGUCGGAGGGGGACCCUGGAUUUACUCUGGGGUAUCUGAAAUCAGCACGUGGCCAGCAUGUGUCCUGCCUAUGCUGUGGUCAGGUGGCCCACGGUGCCCACGGAGCCCUGGCAGAGGUGAGUCAACAGGCUUUGCUGGUGGCGGUGGGCCGUGGCUGAUCGGAACAAAUACACGUGUCACGUCACUUAUUUGGGGUGACCGGCUUCCUUCCCCGGCGGUCGUCCAGUCGUUGGUGUCCAUUCCCUUUGCCAGUUUUCCUUUUGGCCCCGGGUACAUGGGCGUUGCUCCGCGGGAGUUGAUGGGGCCAGAUCCCCGGCUGGUGUAAACUGGCUCCGCUCCUUUGGAGUCGUGGCUGAUUUACACCGGCUGAGUUCCCCGGGGAGUGUGGGAGGAGGAUCCAAUCCCUGAGCCUGCCUCAGCGCUGGUGGUGUUCCAGCAAACCGGGCCUGCAAUGGCCGGGGGCGGGGGGAAGCACGCCAGGGUGGAGGAUUUCCUCCCCAUUGUGUGGCCGCCCAGCCCUUUGUGUUUGGAUUCCCAGGGAUGGAGCCACAGGGCCGGGGUUUCCAUCUCCUGAGCCGGGCGUGCAGCUCCCGUCCAAUGGGGCUGCGCUGGGGGAUUAGAACGGUGGUGAGAGCCAGGAAAACUACAGCAUCACCAGGCCCCUGCAUUGCCGCUCACCUAGUGCCAUGGAGUUCAGGGGCCAGGACUCAGGGACUGUCCUGCAGGAUCAGGCCAAUGGGCCCAUCUACCCCGGUAUCCUGCCUUCUCCCUCCCCGCCCACACCAUGGUGCCAGGUCAGGCCAAUGGGAGCAUCUAGCUCAGUGUCCUGCCUGCCCCACCCUGGAUCAGCUCCAUGGACCCAUCUAGCUCUGUGUUUCCUCACCCUUGAUGGGCCCAUUGGUCUGAGCUGUCACAGCCAGCCUGGUAUCCUCCCCCCUCCGCCCCCCAGUCCCUGUUGCAUUAGAUCCAGACAAUAGUGUCAAUCCGGGGAUGUCACUGAAGUGACUCUGGAUUUACACCACCCUAGCCGAGGCCAGAGCCCGGCCCUGCGUCUCCCCAUUCUCCGUGGAGCUUGGCUGGUGCGCGCGCCUGGCUUAGCUGCUUAUUUGGUCUGUCCCACGGAUAAAGAUCAGGACCCAGCAUGUGCCAUCAUCUCCCUGUGAUCUUUUAUCUGUCUCUCUAAUUCUUUGCUGAUGAAGACACCGGGGCUCCGGGUCUGGGCCCAAGAGCUUGGGAGCCGCCCCUCCUUUCAUCUCACUUGACUUGCCAUUCAGUUUCUUCCCAGGGGGCUUUUGAUCUGAAUCUCAUACCCUUUUAGGAGGAAGCAUCUCUGUGGGGGGUUGGCGUGAGCCCUGGAGGGUGGAGACCCAGUGGUGAAAGGUCCUAGUGGGUUGGAUGCCCCGUCAGACUGGGCAUCCCCUCACGUGAGGCCCCGGAGUUGCCUGUACAUCGUAGAUUCUUGUAUCCCUUGAUCAGAGUGAUUCAAACCGGCCUGACUCUGAGAGAAUUAAGCAGCCUGAUUUAUUUCGGUUAAGAGGUGACUUGAUCAAAGCCUAGAAGCACCUAUGCUAGGCAGCUCUGACAUUUAGCAGGAAGAGAUGCAGCGGCUGGAAGCUGAGGCCAGACAAAUUCAUGCUGCAAAUAAGAAUCACAUUUUUAACAGUGAGGGGGAAUUAGCCGCGGGGGAGGUCAUGUCAUAUCUGGGCUUGUGAUUUACAGAGCUGGGAAGCUGCACUGGCUGGCUCUGGUGUAGGGGGCUCAGCCCUUCUGUAGACGGGGGCCUGUCCCUGACCUUGGCAGGAAUUUUGUCUUGGCAGCUCUGCUGCAAGGAUCAAAGGAAGCAGAGGGCUGGCUGGCUGAGCAGGGGAUAUAAUCAGAGCUCUAACACGGUGCUUUUCACAAGCAGAUCUCAAAGCCCUUCACCGUCUUUAAUAUAUUUAUCCUCCCAACUCCUCAUCUGAGGCAGGACCCUGCUGGUACCCCCAUUGUACAAAUGGGGAAACUGAGGCUCAGAGAGGCUACGUGAUUUGCCGAAGGUCACCCUGGGAGUCUGUGGCAGAGCAGGGAUUAGAACGUGGGUCUCCCAAGUUCUAGGCUAGGGCCCAAAUUAUUGGAACAUCGUUCCUCUUGGAGCCUUUUCCUCUCUGAUUCCAGCGCAGGUCUGUAGCAGCUGGUGCCCACCCUUGGCAGCUCAGCAGCACCUGUGUUGAAUGAACGGGUGGGUCUGAGCCCUGUUCCAUAUGGGCUUGUGUCCCUCCUGUGGGAACCCACUGUCAAGAUUCAGGGGGGCAGAGCAUCCUGGCAUCUGCAGGAUGACGGCCCAGGGGGUGAGUCACCGUCCUUUAGGUCUCCAGGAACAGCCUGAGGUCCAAAUUAGGACUGUGGGGUCCUAAAUUGCAGGCCAUUGUGCCACAUGCUUGUGCCCAUGUGGGAAAAUGCUCCCUCCCAGUCCCACGUGUGAGUGGUGUGGACGGUCGGGUAGCUAAUGCAUGGGGCUGGGAGUCAAGAGAACGGACCGCUGCCCACACUCAGGGCCUGAUCCUAGACCUGUUGCCAUCAGCUGCAGAAUGCCCACGAGUGGGAUCAGGGCUGGAGGUAGAGCUUUUCUGAUGCCAGAGCUGGGGGGGGUGGCCCAUGCUGCAGCACCCCACAGCUGGAGGUGGGAUACCACGGGGACCGGUGCUCUAAGGAAGUCCAGAGAUGUCUGGCUGGUGGGUCUUGCUCACCUGCUCAGGGUCAAAUUGAUCGCCAGAUCUGAGGUCGGAGAGGAAUUCCCCCCCUGCCCCGGCCCAGAUUGGCGGGGACUUGGGAAGUGACGGGAUUUGCCACCUUCUGCAGCAUGGAGCGUGGAAUGCCUGCCGGGGUCACCUGGGCAUGUCCCCAUGCCCUGAUCAUUUUGGGCCCCUAGCUUGUCGGGCCGAGGAAGCGGGUUAAACUGCAAUCGCUCCUCUUUCGCCCAGCAGGAUCCUUGUGCCGGAUGGGCCUGUCCUCGUUAAUUGCAUUCGAGGCAAGCAGACUUUGCGGGCGCCUAGUCCCCUGCGAGGAGGCUUCAGACCAGAAUCCCAGUCGGCGGCUGUCUCACGUCAUCUAAAGGGGGCAGAGCGUCCGUCCGGCUUGGGUGUGGUACCUGCAGGAGCGCAGACUCGUAUCGAACGGCCCCGUCCCCUGUGCUGAGGGCUCUUGCAUGCCAGCCGGUUGGAGCUGCACCACGGGGCCCGCUCGCUGGGCUGGAACUCUUCCGGCCUGCCAGGGUCACGGGCUGCUGGCGGGCUCCCAGUGCCGCUGACUCAGAGCCCAGGCAUCCCAAGGUGUGCUCGGCGUCUGAUAACCUGCCUAGGCAAGGAGCUGCGUGAACCGGAAGGAACCGCCCCGAGCAGGCAGUCCGGAGGAGCCAGCGUUGGGACAGGAGGAUCUGAUCCCGAGGACUAGACUCCUCCGGGUCCGGGUGAACAGCCAGGCUCCUCGCAGGGAGGCCUACGCAGAGGUGACCAUGGAGUUGGCCAAGGAGAAGCUCAGGAAGGAGCUGGAGGAGGAGCUGAAGCUCAGCACGGAGGAGCUGCGGAGCCACGCAUGGUACCACGGCUGCCUGCCACGGGAGGAGGCCGAGUCCCUGCUGGGGGAGGACGGGGAUUUCCUGAUCCGGGACUCAGGCUCCAGCCAGGGGGACUAUGUGCUGUCCUGCCGCUGGCUGGGCGAGACCCUGCACUUCAAGAUCAUCCGGGUGGUGCUGCGCCCUCGCCAGGGCUACUCCCGCACCCUCUUCCAGUUUGAGCAGGACCAGUUUGACAACGUGCCGGCCCUGGUGCGCUUCUACGUGGGCAACUGCAAGCCCGUCUCGGAGACCUCGGGCGCCGUGGUCUCUCGGCCCGUCAACCGGGACGUGCCGCUGCGCUGGCUGCAAGAGCGCUACGGGGCCACCGGCCAGCCCCGUCUGGACGAGCAGGCGCCGGCCGAGGGGGACGCGGCUCCUGCCCACAGACUCGGCCACCACAGACUCACCGCUGGGGAGAUGCCGACAGAGGGGAACCUGCUCCGGGUGAAAGACAGGAGCGGGAGCCAGCCCACCGGGCUGGAUCAGCUGGGCCGGCGCCCCCUGCUCUACACUGCGCAGUCAGACAGUAACCUGCCGACAGGCAGCCCGGAAGCUCCAGCCGGCACCCAGGAAUGGAGCAAGCUCCCGCCCCCCUCGCCCGUCUUCCGCACUGGCAGCGACCCCGUGCUGCGGCCCCCCGCCCCCCGGUGCCUGGACCUCGAGGGGGGUGCAGCCCUGAGCGGCUCGGAGGGGCAGCUGCACUCCAAGGCUCCCCCCAAGCCCCUGCGGGCCCCUUCCAUGCUGGUGAGUGACGCCCCCCAGGAGCAGCCCAGCACCUACUGCGAGCUGGUGCCCAAAGCCCCGGCCGGCCUGAGGAGCCACGUGGCUCGGCUGCACACCGAGGAGAAGUGGCGUGGCCGGGCCCGGGCCACGGACACGGCCUUCGGCUUCCUCGAGGACGAGGGGGUGCCGCUCCCCCGGCCACGCCACUACGAGGAGGAGAUGGGGGACUUUGUGCGCCCCCUACUGGAGACAGCCUCCUCCUUCCAGCCCCACAGCUUCCCCUCGCUCCUCCUGCCCCCCGACAACAAGCCCCUGGAACCCGGCGCCCUCAAACGGCUCAAGGACCUCUUCACCCGGCAUGACUGCCGGACCAUGGCCCUGCAUGUCCUCUACAUGGACUGUCUGGUUGGCAGGAUCACCAGGGUGCCCAGGGAGCAACAGCAGGCGAUGGGGGUAAGCUCGGGUCUGGAGCUGAUCACCCUGCCUCACGGGCACCAGCUGCGCCUGGACCUGUUGGAAAGGCACCAUCUCAUGGCCCUGGGCAUCACGGUGGACAUCCUGGGCUGCACAGGGGGCGUGGCGGAGCGAGCCGCCACCCUGCACAAGAUCGUCCAGCUGGCCGUGGAGCUGAAGGGCUCGGCCGGGGACCUGUUUGCUCUGUCGGCCGUGAUGAAGGGCCUGCAGCUGCCCCAGGUUGCGCGGCUGGAUCAGACAUGGCAGAAGCUGCGGCAGAGCCACACCGAGAGCGCCAUCGCCUUCGAGAAGGACCUCAAGCCCUUCGUGAAACGCCUCAACCGGGGGGAAGGGAACUCCUCCCCUGGAGAGGUCGCCGUCCCUCACCUCCUGCCUCUCAUCAGCCUCAUGGAAGGGGAGCAGCUCUGGGACGACCACGAGGAGAGCUGCGACCUCCUCUUACGGACGCUGGAGUCCGCCCGCUCCAUCGCCACCAGCGCCGGGGCGUACAAAGCCACCGCAGAGGCCAAGCUCCAGGGAUUCCAAGCCACGCCGGAGCUCCUCGAAGCUUUCCAAACCGAGUUUGCACUCCGCUUAUUCUGGGGCAGCAAAGGAGCGGCCGCGGACCGGGCCGAGCGCUACAGGAAAUUUGACGCCAUCCUCACGGUGCUGUCCCAGAAACUAGAACCAGCGAGGAAAACGGAGCCCUGAGUUUCCUCCACGGCCACGGCCCAGCCCACGAACAAUGGCUUGCAGAGCUAAGACAGGAUGGAGGAACGACAGCGCCCCACUGCCUGGAGAUCUCUCCCCUAGCCUGGCCGCCAGUGCCGGUAGCAGGAUGGGGGCAGGGGAACGAGCCCGAGCCCAAAAGCCUCCCGGGCCCCACCGCUGCAGAGGACGGUGGGGGGGGGUUACAGAGAUUUCAGCAGCUUAUGCCCAGGCAGUAUUCUACCAGCCCCCGUCGCCCGCCCCGCUGCUGGAGGCGGCUGCUCCGUGUGCAGAAGCUUGCGGGAGUGAGGAGGAUUGGUGGACCCAUUGCACCCACGGCUUUUUAAAUGCAAAAUGCCACUGCAGCUGCAGCUUCCCCCGCCUCUUUGCCGGCGUGGGAGGGUGUGAGAUGGUGAAAGGGAGCAAAGGAGCAGGGGGGAUUCCCCCGCCCAGCAAAGUGUGUGUGGGAGGGGUGGUGGUUGUAGCAAUAGUAAUAAACCAAAGCCUUCCAGCUGGUUUUGGUAACGGCUGCAAAGGGUUGCUCCAGGCCCUGGGGUGCUGCAGUUACGCAGGGGCGGCAAUGCAGGGCUCUGGCAGAGGGGGGCGAAGUUGCAGCCUGGGGCAAGUUGGAGUGGUGCAGGAGGAGCGGGGCUAGAACUCUCAGCCUGGGGCUUGAGGGCUGUUGCCUUUCCCAGGACAGGGCAGGGCGGUAGACACCCAUUGGGCCCUUCACCCCCAUUCAGGGGGUGCCCUAGCCUGAAGGGGGAUCCACACCCUGCCACCUUAGAAUGACCACUGGAGGCUUAGAGGACGUUAAAAAUCUCUGCCCCUACCCCCUCCUCCCCUGAAAUGAAGCGGUUUUGUGCUGCCCUCAAUGCAUUGGGGGAGCUCCUCUGAGCGGGGGUGGCAGGGGGGCUGUUAUCUCUGCCCCAGAGGUGAAGAAUUGCCUAAUGGUUACAGCAGGAGACACCUGGGUUCAGCAGCCAGUCCUGGCAGGAAGCACCCUGCAGCAGCAGGAGCAGAAGGGGUGAAGACCCAGGAGAGGCUGGCCAGGAGUUAGACUAGGACCCUCGUAGCGUCCCCACCCCCACCCCGGUCCCCCAACCUGAGCCCAACACGCUCCUCAGCCGAGGGGAAGUGAAACCAGACAAUACACCACAGAGGGGAACAGUCCGAGCCAGGCUGUGGCAUCCCCCCCAAGUCUAUGCUCAUGUGAGGGGAACCAGCUUGAGCUGGUGCCCCCCCCCCCCCCCCGAGUCUAUGCUCAUGUGAGGGGAACCAGCUUGAGUUGGUGCCCCCCCCCCGCCCCCAGUCUAUGCUCAUGUGAGGGGAACCAGCUUGAGGCGGUGCCUGUCCAAUGCCCUAAGGAGCGGCUGACCAGGAGAGUUAUGCCCAUGAGAGCCUAAGCUGGGAAUUUAAAAGGAGGGUAGUUACAAUGGGGCUUAGCCCUGUGUGGAUGCUCUGAACUCAGGCCAAGCCCUUGUCUAUGGGGGAAGCCAUACCACUCCAAGUGAGGGUGUGAAUUUAAGCCCCCUGCUCUCUGUAAACCAAUGCACACUCCAGCUCAACUAAACUGCUCUUCCAUUCAUGGGGCCCCCUCUCUUCCCCACAUCCACUGUGGAGUAAGAAGGGGGGUGGCUAGAGACAGCACAAGUGUGACUGGCCCCCUGCUCUACUCUAGCAAAAAUUAGCAAUUGAAAUGUUUCCUCUAACACACUAUUGAGAACUUCCGAAUGGAAGUAAAAGUACCAUGUCCCUGACGGGGAAACUGAGACAGGCCUAUAGUCACACAGCAAAAUCAACGGAAGGCAAAGAUAGGACUCCACACCUACUUGAGCCCAUGCCCCUCCUACAGCUGAGAAUAGAACCCAGGAGUCCGGACUCCCAGUCCCACUCCUCCCCUGGGCCUAGCCCUGCUAAUGGAACCCAGGAGUCCUGGUGGCCAAUUCCCCCUACUCUAAACCCACUAGCACCCUGUGAGGGCACCUGUGUUCUGGUCUGCCACGGCGCAGCUGGGGGGUUGUCACUGCCUCUGUUUCCCCAAGUGAAAAACAGGGAUAAUUGUUCCUUAGCUCUGUCCUCACUGAAAAACCAGGAUGCAUUUCUACUGCCGGGUAGCCGCAGGAGGGCUGGACAUCGCAUUAGCAGACAGGGUAAUUUACCUCACGCGAGGUAGUCCAGAACAACCCUCCAAAGCUGGGGCUGGCCUCAACUAGCUACAUAGCAUUUAAAAGCUUCCCGGGCCACAUCCCCAUCCAGGCUCUCCAGCACAUGAGCAAAAAAGAAGCGCCCUUAACUCGUGAGCCAACACACUGACGCAAGGCGGAGGUCCAGGGAAGAGCGGGCGUAGCCUCGGAAACCUUAAGCCCCUCCGUAGUUUGUAGCUGGACCUGCUAGGACCUGGGAACACUAGACCCUGCCUCGGCCACACGAGAGCGUCCUCACCUGUAUUAGAAUCCCUCAGGGUUUGUCUUCGCAGUACAGCUGCAUCGCUGUAGUACUGGAGUGAAAACGCUCCUCUCCCGCCGGGAGAAACUCUCCCAUCAACAGAGCGCCGUGUACACAGGGGGAUAAGUUGGUAUAACUGCAUUGCUCAGGGGUGUGGAUUUUUCACACCCCCUAGAUCGACAGAGGGGGCAUGGUGUAGACCUCGCCUUAGUGAGGACGAGGACUGGCUGCCUGGCCCCCGGGCCACCACAAUGGGGUCCUGCUCUCAGCUGGGGGGCUUCUAGACAGGACAGUAACCUACACA